GCGCUGCCUAGGAGACAGGACGCGCGGACCGCAGCUGACGGGGCCGGGCCGGCCGCGCCCACUCGGUCGCCAUGGAGCUGCCCCCGGGGCCGCGCGACGAUCCCCGCGCCUGGGACGAUGACUCGGACCCGGAGCCGGAGCCCGAUCCCGACGCGCAGGCCGAGGCUUAUGUGGCCCGCGUACUCAGCCCGCCGAAACUCGGGCUGGCGCCCCCGCGCGCCCCUCCGCUGCCCGCGCCCGCCACGUCCCCUGGCGCCCUGGAGCCGCGGGCUGCGUCCAAGGGCCCGACCGUGGGCGCCCCGGGCCUGCUGAGCCUGCCCCCGGAGCUGCUGCUCGAGAUCUGCGCCUACCUGGACGCGCGCCUCGUGCUCCACGUCCUGCCGCGCGUGUGCCACGCGCUGCGCGACCUCGUGCGUGACCAGGUCACCUGGAGGCUACGCGCGCAGCGCCGCGUACGCGCGGCCUACCCAGUGGUGGAAGAGGAGGACUUUGACUGGCCGGCAGCCUGCAUUGAGCUGGAGCAGCACCUGUCACGCUGGGCGGAGGACGGACGCUGGGCUGAGUACUUCUGCCUGGCCGAUGGGCACUUUGCUUCCAUCGACUCGGUGCUGCUGCUUCAGGGUGGGACGCUCUGUCUGUCAGGCUCCCGAGAUCGCAAUGUCAACCUGUGGGACCUGCGGCAGCUGGGGGUGGAGCCCAGCCGGGUUCUGGUCAAGGCCCUGGGCACCCAGAGGAACAGCACCCACAAGGGCUGGGUGUGGUCGCUGGCAGCGCUGGACCACCGCGUGUGCUCCGGUUCCUGGGACAGCACGGUGAAGCUCUGGGACAUGGCAGCCGAUGGGCAGCAGUUCGGCGAGAUAAAGGGCAAGGCAGCUGUGCUGUGCCUGUCCUACCGGCCUGACAUCCUGGUGACUGGCACCUAUGACAAGAAGGUGACAGUCUACGACCCCAGAGUCGGCCCGGCCCUGCUGAAGAGCCGGCGGCUGCAUUCGAGCGCAGUGCUGGCCGUGCUGGCCGACGACCGGCAUAUCAUCUCUGGCAGCGAGGACCACACGCUUGUGGUGUUCGACCGCCGGGCCAACAGUGUCCUGCAGCGGCUGCAGCUGGACUCCUACCUGCUCUGCAUGUCCUACCAGGAGCCCCAGCUCUGGGCAGGCGACAACCAGGGCCUGCUGCAUGUCUUUGCCAACCGCAACGGCUGCUUCCAGCUCGUCCGGUCCUUUGACGUGGGCCACAGGUCCCAGAUCACAGGGAUCAAGCACUCGCUGGGGUCCUUGUACACCACGUCCACCGACAAGACCAUCCGGGUGCACGUGCCCACAGACCCACCCAGGACCAUCUGCAUCCGAAACCACCACAAUGUGCUGAAUGGGAGACUUUGAAGCCGGGACGCUCGUGGAGUGAAAUGUCACCAGUGGCAGCAGCAGCAGCUGCCUCAGCCAAGGGGGUCUCCACCCCAGGAGGCCUGGCGGCUGUCCUGGUGUCACGUGCCACCCUGGCCAGGGCAGUGCGGCGCCUGGCCUCUCACUGACCUGCUUGGUCCCCUGCUAACCAGCCCCACCAUUCCUCCUUUGCCAGCCUCUGUCCCCCCCCCCCCCCCCAGCAUGCAGAGUGUAUCCCGCCUUGGGCGCAGCCCUGCCUCUCCCCUCGCCACCCUGGGAUCUCAUCCGCAGAUGGCCCAUCCACUCGCUUAUGCUCAUGGCCUCUGCCCCUCCCAGCCCCGUCCCUGACCUCAGACCCAGUCGAGAACCCUCCUCCCUCCUUGGUCCAUCACACUCCUCUCUCGGGCCACUAAAGCUGGACUCCGGAUGAUGUUCUGCCCCAAAUACGCCACCAUCCACCCAACUGCCCUGGAGUGACUCUCUGCUCCCUCCUUCCUCUCUCCGCUAUCCCCACAUCUAAUCUUUUCUCAAGAGCCAUCAAGGGAAACCAGACUUUUGGUGGUGAACACGAUGCAGUCUAUACAGAAGCUGAAAUGUAAUAACAUAUACCUGAAAUUUCCAUAAUGUUCUAAACCACUGUGACCUCAGUAAAAAAAAAAAAAAAAAAAAGAGCCGUCAGAUCAACCUUCAAAUCAGGCUCUCAAGCUGACCACUUCUCCCCACCUGCUAGGGCCCCCCGGGCCGCGCCCAUCUCCGCUCGCUGGACCAGUGCAGUCGCCUCCGCCCUGGCCUCCCCUGCCCUGCCCGCCCCUCCCCGUUCUCCUCCACACAGCCAGCGGGGUCUGUUAGAAAAUAAAUCACAUUACGACAUGGAUGCACCUUGCGGACACUGUGUGCAGUGAAAUAAGCCAGACACAAAAGGACAGAUAACGUUCCAGUCCACUUAUAUGAGGGCCCUCGAGGAGUCAAGUUCACAGUGACAGUAGAAUGGCGGGCGCCGGGGUAGGGGAAUGAGACAUUAACGUUGGCGACACAGUUUCUGUCUGGGGUGAUGAAGAAGUUCUGUGGAUGGAUGACGGUGACAGGUGCACAACAUUGUGAACU